AUGCGUCUUUCAAUUGGAUUUGUUUUCCUUGUCGUCGCCAUCGCCUUUGCACAAAGCAAACCUGUUCACAAUGGACUCGCUGAUUUCAGUUCAAUCGCUAAUCAAUUUGCUUCCCAAAAUAAUGUACCAAAUCAAUUCGUACCCAGUAAUGUCCAAGCAAUUCUUGCACAAAUCGCACAAUUUCUUGCCCCCUUCAAGCCAUCUGCUAAUGGUGCUCGUACAGCUUCAGCUCUUGUAUCAUCAGGUGAAGAUCAGUCCAUCGAAGCUUUAAUCAAUCAACUCGCUCAAGAAAUUGAGAAUGAUCACAAUAAUGCAUUAGCGGCUCACGAGCAAAUCACUGCUGCUGCUCAACAAAUAUUCGAUGCUAUUCAUGCAAGUUUCGGAAGUCGUCGCUCUAUUGCAUCAGGUGAAGAUCAGUCCAUCGAAGCUCUAAUCAAUCAACUCGCUCAAGAAAUUGAGAAUGAUCACAAUAAUGCAUUAGCGGCUCACGAGCAAAUCACUGCUGCUGCUCAACAAAUAUUCGAUGCUAUUCAUGCAAGUUUCGGAAGUCGUCGCUCUAUUGCAUCAGGUGAAGAUCAGUCCAUCGAAGCUCUAAUCAAUCAACUCGCUCAAGAAAUUGAGAAUGAUCACAAUAAUGCAUUAGCAGCUCACGAGCAAAUCACUGCUGCUGCUCAACAAAUAUUCGAUGCUAUUCAUGCAAGUUUCGGAAGUCGUCGCGGCGUUCGAUCGGCUCAAAUCCAAUCCGUCGUCACUUUAGCUAAUCAACUCGCUCAGCAAGUUGCCAGUGGUCAAAUUAGUGCAGUUGACGCUCAACAGCAAAUUACUGCAGCUGUUCAACAAGUUUUUGGCUCAAAUAACUAA